GGUGUCAUUGAAACCGGUUGUCUACCCUACUAAUAGUUACCGCCAUGUAUUGUGCUGAGGCAUCCAGAUAUGGUGUCUUGUCAUACUCAAAAAUGGUUAUAUAAAUUCUUCUCGUCUUCAAUUUAACCAAAUAUCUAUCCAGGCUCCUUAAUCAUCAAAGGCUAUUAAAAAUGGACAUGGAAAACAUGGAAACUCUUAUAAGUCCCCAAGAGGCCGAAAGCCUCAUCGAGACUGCUGCUCAGAUCCCCAUGCACGCCUUCCAGGUGGCUGUUGGUGUCUUAACGGGCCUAGCGCUUUGCUGCUUCAUUGCGCGGAUGGCCAUACGACUCACAUAUCAGAAGCAGCUACGCCUAGACGACGCAUUUUUACUGCUGGCUGCUGCUUGUCUAUGCGCUGCGACCGGAAUUUUGUACCAUAUCUGUUACUUUCUUUACCUACACUCGGCUGCUCUAUAUGUCCCGCAGGUCCUACCAUACAUCCUUCGAGAUUACGAAGAACUUCUCGGCUUGCAGAAGAAAGUGUACCCGUUUCUAGCCCUGUCAUGGACGACGACGUACUCUGUCAAGGGGUGCUUUCUAGCGUUCAUGCGUCCGCUCGUCUGGCAUAUCUCGCGGGCUGUCAAUCAGUAUUGCUGGUUUAUAGUGAUCUUUUGCGUGAUAUCUUGGGCGUUUGCUGUCUCGGAUCCAUUCAUAAUCUGCCCCUAUUUUGGAUUGGAAGGGGUGCAAUGCUUCAGCUCGACAGUUGAUCAAAAAAAGACACUCGGACUCACUGCGGCCGUCACAGCUCUAGACAUACUCUCCGAUAUAAUGGUCAUCAGUAUCCCCAUUAUCAUCCUCAGGGGCUCGUUCCUAAGCCGGUCUACCAAAUUCGGUCUAGGGGUCUUCCUUUGUCUCUCCAUUUUCAUGGCAAUUUGUGCCAUUAUCAGGAUAUCUGGAUUCUUCUACAAGGGAUUCGAGGAUGAUGUCUGGGAGUUCUUCUGGCAGCAGACCGAAGGCGCCGUGGCGGUUAUGAUGGCUUCAAUAACAGCAUUCCGUACGCUAUUCGUCAGACGCGCGGAGAAUCCCGAAGAGAGUACGCCUCACAGCCCAGCCGAGAGUUUUUUCCGCAGGUUGUUCAAUCACUUCCAAUUUCUAGCCCGAGCACAACCUGAGGAGAAACCAGCCUCAGCUCCAGGAAACUCGAAUUUCAGGCUUCCUAAGAUUCCGUCUCCUGUGUUUACUGGUGUGCGAACGUUUAUUCGUAAGAAUAAUCGGACUAAUGCGAGCGCUGCUACGUUUGCUACUUUGGAUUCCGGAAUUGAUGAGUCUGAAACGGAUUAUCACGGCGCUCUUAAAACACAAGCGCAGGUCGCUGGCAGCAAUAACUCUUCUCAUGGCUGAUAUUGAAACGUAGAGAGCGCAAGUCUUCGGGCCUCUUAAACCAGCAGACUACCAAGGUUUUAUUUGAACGCUAGAUUUUUUUCUCACCCCACCCUCGGCAAUUUAAUCAAUCAACGCUAAUCGAGCUGUUGUCGGAAGAAGAGCCAAGGCAGAGGUACACCAACUAUAUGUUAGUCAUUACGAACUUGACGUCUUAAACAACGACCAUGAACUUACAAUUCGUUUAAAUAAUUCCUAUGACACGUUUGGGCUGGUAAUGUAUCAUAAUAUUAUCACAAAUACUCCAUACCCCAAUUGAAGUACCUACCGUGUGUCAAAAUGGGGUUAAGGCAAUAUAUUGAGUAGCU